AUGGUCUCGGAGCGGCUCGCCCUUCUCAGUAUCACCAACGUCGGCAAUCCGCCAUCGCAUCUAUCACCACUCGUUGAUCAGGGCAUUGGCAGCUCUGACACACUGGACGGCACGCUUCCGCAACUCCUUUCCCACGCCAUGUCGGCCCCCAUCCGAAACGUGCCGCGAGUGGCAUCGCGCGCAUUCUCGCACUCGGCCGCACCUCAGGUCUCUCGCACCGGCUCGACGUCCUCCUCGGCCAGCACCAUCGGCUCAUCCGCUCCCAGCGCCGCGCGAUCCAAGCACCUCAAGCGCCAGCAGCGCAGCAAGGAUGAUGUGCUCCGCAGAGCUGUGGAGCUCUACCACUUGACACCAUCGUUCCUUCCCACAGCUCCGCGAGGCGUCCUGGCCGCAUCUUUGUCCGGCAGGAGCUCGGCGCCCAGCGCAUCGUCCUCCGUAUGGGACGCCUCGCUCGACACCGCAAUCUAUGCUUCCAUCCUCAACACUGACUCGGUCUCCCGCCGCUCGCCCAACCUUGUCGCACGCGGCCUGCCCGAAUACUCGCGCGAACAGUCCAGCCGCGCCGCCUCGGUCCCCGCCUUUGGCAACACUGGCUCGCACUCCAGCAGCAACGCAAAGGACGUGCAGUCCUUCGUCUCGGACCUCACCAGCACCACCUUCCUCACUCGCAGGGAGAGGGAAGCAGCCGCAGCCGCAGCAAAGUCGUCCACCACAGAAUCAUCCUCCUCCGCCGCUGACCCAUCGUCCAAGCCCAAAAAAGGCGGCCUCCGAAGCUUCAGCGAUGCCGACAUUGCCAUGUACGAGCGAAGGCACAACAACGCCACGGGUGCAGGCGUCUCUGCCGGCCUCGACAACAGCCGCUACUCGGGCGCAGAGAGGCUCACCCACCUCGAUCGCGUCACUCCCGGCGCCAACGAAUGGUACAGAAGCCAAGGCCUCAACACCCGCUCCGCCCGCGUCCGUGAUGCGAUCUUCGGCACGGUCAACGGCGAGUUGCCCGGUCUCGAAAUCGUACGUGAGAGAAUCGCAAAGCUUAAGAGCCAGACGCCCUCCGAAGACAAAGACUAA